GCGUGUCACCAGAGAAAGAUAAUUCGGAAAAAUUCUCUACACGUUCGGAAAUUAUAGUUUUGAGAAAUUGUAACAAAUUUUGAGGCUUUUAAAAUAUCAAUAUCUAUGUCACAUCUAGAAGAUAGAUAAUUUAUCUGCCUCAAGAUGGAUGAUGUAUCAAGGCUAUUUGGUUUGAGUUUGUGCAUGUUCGUUGGAUGUUAUUUAGCGGGUGCAAUUCCUCUGGCCUUCACGAUGUCUGAGGUAAGCUUGUCAUCGGAAAGAUUCCAAUGGUUAUGCGAGCUGAUAUUCGGUGGAAAAGCCGCAAAAGUUACGAUCGCGAACCAUUAAUGUCAUUAAGCUAGAACCACAACGUGUCCUAAUGCUGGAAUGAGUCUUUUAACCGCUGUACAUAAAGAUAACAACGAUAAAUUUCGGUUUCAGAUCAGCGUCAGAUUGAAAAUUUAUUUGUGUAAGCUUUAAUCUUUUGCCUUGGUCAGCUUGUAGAAAGGUAAAGCUCAGAGGGUUGUUUUCCGGCAUAAAAUCACCUUAAUCAUUAAUUUAGUGUUGUUCUUUUUACUCGAUCCAUUGCUCGAUUAACCCGUAUGAUGUGAGCCAGUUUUGUGAAUCAAACGGCCAGAAUUUGUGUGCAACUCAGAAAUCUCGUUUUUUUUCACUCCUCGCCGACGGAUCGAUAUAGUAAUGAUAUUUGUUUAGAUAAGUUUUGCCCACCGUGCAAUUUUACUUCUCUUUGUUCUUGGAAGUGCAAAUAAAAUUUAACAACACAGAGAAUCGAAUCACAAUGAAAGAAAACAUUGUAUAAUUUCCGAGGAUUUGUUUUUUUUGUGUUGAAGUUUUAUUUAUUAUUUCUCACUCAUACAGUAUUUUUGUUGUUGUUGUUUUAAACAGAAGAGACUGAGGAUGGUCAGCAUUCUAGGGGCAGGUCUGUUGGUGGGAACUGCACUUGCUGUUAUUAUUCCAGAAGGGGUUCAUGCUUUAUAUGAGUCAGAUCAACAUGGUGAGAAAUCUGUGUCAGUAAAAUUUCUGCACAGCCCCAUACUAUUGUAAAACAAAUCUGUUUUCUUAAUGGCAAUGUGUUGUUUUUGUCUAUGUUUUUUCUAUCCAAGAACUGAAAGCAUAAUGUUGUAUGGGGCUGUGAGGAAACUUUAUCUCUGUGUAUUUUGUAAGAACUGAUUACACAAUACCUUUAAAAGGGGUGAUAAAUGGUUCCCUGAGAAAUUGUGAGUUUUAAUAACUCUUUAAAUCUUGCCAGCCUUUGUAAUGAGUCUUGAGAUUCUCUAUAAUUUGUAAAUAAGUGUUUUUUGUUGGGUUCGAGGUUUUCUUUCUAUCCAAGUUCUUAAUGAUUGUGAAUACCUGAAUAUCAUGUGUUUGAACUGAGGAUUGAUAAAUGAAGACAAGGAUGAUCAUUGCCAUAAAUUUGAACAGUGUGUUUGCAGUAGUGAAAAAAAGCCUGAAAAUGUUUUUUUUAGGCUUUAUUUUCACUACUGCUUCAGUAGUGUUCAUAACUGUAAAGAUCACUCUCAUUUUCAUCUACAUUGUAAGCGUUUAGAAUUUAUUUUGUUUUGUUCUUUUUCUAAGCUAAAGGUCCUUUUUAAAAUCUAGGUAGUUGCUUUUAGUUGUCCCUGCAACAAAUAAAUAUCUCUGUAAAAUGUCACUGCCAUUUGAAAUUGUUGUGAUAUACAUGCAGCUUGGUUGAUACAUCUCCAAAAUGGAUUUUAAUUUGAACAUUUUCUUGUCAUCAUCAUCAGUACUUUGCAUUUACUCUGAGUAAAGCAAAUGUGAAAUAAGGUUUAGAGCUGAAAAUUGUUUAAUUUGGGUCAUGGAUUUCUAAUAGUAGGUGUCAUUUGCAAUGAAAAUAAACACAACAGUAUCAGCUAUGCUUAAAAUAAAAAAUUAUAUAUAUAUAUAUAUAUAUAAAUAAAUGACAAAGAGUGGGGAUACAAUUAUUUUCAUCAAUUCAGAGAGCCUGAAUUAAAAUGACAUAUGCAUGUAAUUUCUUUGAAACAGUAUUUGUGUCCAUAGAUGCUUGGUUACUUUUAUCAGCAUCCCAUGACCACUAAAGCUCCACCCUUUAGAGAGAAAACUAAGAAGGGAAAAAGGAACAUAAGCACUAUUAAAGCAAGCAAGCACUCCAAAAACAACUUUGUUGAAUAGCAUUUAAAAUGGAAAUUAUAUGAGAUUUAUGUCUGUGAAUGAAAGAUAGUAUUAAAUCUUUUAACUUCAUUUCUAUUUUUUUUUGUAAAGUACACUCUUCCCAUACCCAUGGUGUACACAAGCACUUGGCAGGUACUAACAUAGAUGCAACGCAGUCUCAUGAAGACCAUGAUGAAGCUCAUACACAAGUAGAUGUACUAAAGAACCAGAUUUCUCAAGUUGAACCAGAUGUAUUUAUUGGUCUUUCCUUAUGCUGUGGAUUUGUGUUCAUGCUGCUGAUUGAUCAUAUCAGUGGGGGCCACGCACAUGCUCCCCCUACAUCAGGUGUGUGUUAUUCAACUCUAGUAUAUAGCAUUCUCUUCAAUGAGUCUCUCGCAAAGAAAAAAAACAAAACAAAACAAAAAACAGUUUUAUGUGUUCACCAGAAUGAUCACACACACAAGAGAGGAUGUUUCCUUGCAAACCAUGCCUGUGCAUAGCAGUAACUUUUGAAUUUAGUCAGAGCUCUUGAUCUAGGAUACUGGUCCAAAAAAAUGCAGAAUUUGAGAAGAAAGUGUGAGUAACUUGAAUGAAAUUCCUCUGAGAAUCUGCAUUCUAUGUGGGAUGUAAUGCAAUACAUUUUAAAUGUAUAUCAGGAAACGGAAUAAGAUAGUGUCACUCCAUGUACCUUAACCAUGGCAUUGUUGUAAGCUUUUAUGAAAGGUCUUUGCUUUUUAUUUCUCAAACAGGAUGUCAAUGAAGGUUCUGUACGUGCAUGUAACUAUGUGUAAAUUCAGCCUUGUUUUCUUUUACAUUUGCAAAUAAAUUAUUUGUAUCUUAAUGUGGUGUAGAUCCAGAAGGAAAUGGCAGACAAAGACACAGUAAAAUCACAGCAACAGUAGGUCUAGUUGUUCAUGCUGCAGGUAAGUGUUAGUUUUGUUUUGCUUAGGGUUUUUUCAUUUAUUAUAUUCUAAGUUUCUAAAUAAAAAAAUUCUAAUUUUCAACCACCAACCCUCAAGGCACCAGCUUUUAAGUCCAUCUACAUUUUUACAUGACUGUACAAAUGAUAAGUGAAGCUUGUUUGUUGACUAACAUACUUAGUUGUAUCAAUGCUAGGGUAUGGCAUUAUCAUUACUUUACUGCUCCAAAAGAAAUCUAUGAUUAAGAACAGGAAAUUGUAGCAGCAGUGUUAAAUAAAUACAUAGCCUCAAGUGGACCUUUGAUGAUGACCUUUUUUUUUCGGUAGCUGAUGGUGUUGCCCUUGGUGCAGCUGUUACAACAUCAAAAACUGAGGUUGAAGUAAUUGUGUUUGUAGCUAUCAUGUUGCAUAAGGUAUGGGUUUUCUUUUUUGGUAAUCUUGCCUGGUGUGAAAUUGAAUUUGUGUGUCCUCUUGGGGAAGGAAUGUUUUGCUUACUAUGAAAAGUAAUCAUUGGUCUUCUGCUCAGUGAAGUCUCCAAGGACUAGUGAAGCAUUGCUAGGCUCAUUUACAGUACAUAUAGUUUAUUAAAUUCUGGUAAUACUAUUUAUUUCUUUUUUUUUAGGCACCAGCUGCAUUUGGUUUAUCAACAUUUCUUCUUCAUGAAGUGAGUCUAUCAUUGUGUUUUACCUUCUUGUAAUAUUUUAACAAUUUCUCAAUUUUUUUAAAAUCCAAUGUUCAGUCCUAUUGGCUGGUGGAAUUGCAUUAUUUAAUAGCAAUGUAAGGCACAAUGCAUAUGCAUUUACAGCCUACUUCAACACCAUCUUCCUUAUUUUAUGUCUUAAUUCAAGUAUUUUUCAUGGCUCUUCAGACACACUACACACUAAUUGACUAAUUGACUGAGCUUUGUCAGGCUUGAAAUACAUGUAUUUGGCUUGAGAUUUUGAGGCACAAACUGAGAGCAGUAAGGUCCCUGCCUCAUGAGAUAGUUCAUCUGGUGCGACCCAACUCAGUGGAUUAGUAGUUAAUCAUAUGAUCACUAAGGCAUGAUUUGAUAGUAGGGAGGGAGGUAGGCUGUACAAGUACAAAAAAAUUUUAUAAGAAGACUUUUUGUUAUAUCUUUGAUCUCCUGUUCCAAGGCACAAAGCAACAGAACCUUAAAAGUGCUUACCUGACAAGACUACUUAAUUAUUCCAGACUAGCUCCUGUCAAAUGGUCUGGCUUUACACACAUGAGCUUUCUCUAUGUUGUCUAUAUGAUUAUUUGAGUAUUGAGCUGUAUAGGUCAUAUAAUAGAGAUUUUUAUUAUUUGUUAUUCAUUUUGGGUUUCUAUCUCAGGGUCUUGUUAGAACUAGAAUACGUAAACAUCUUAUGGUGUUUGCUGCAGCAGCACCAGUGAUGGCUUUGGUGACUUACUUUGGUCUUAGUCAGGUAAUAAAGUAAUAAUCAUGAUGCUAUUUUAUCAUUUUAUGGCAAAGUUUGAAGUAGAUAUAAAUUCCAUUGACUCUUUGACCCAUAAGAGUGACUGGCAUUUAAUCUCUCCUCACAAUAUCACCCCUAAAUCUCAUGUACAGGUUGCAAGAAUAAAGGAAGUGAUGAGAACUUUAAGAAGCUCUAGUUUAAGAUUGUUUAAUUAUUCCUUUUUGUGAGCACCUUAGGAUGUGUAUAGAGAACAGUUUGGGGAAUAUUACACUGAUGUUAGGGUGUAAAGGAUUAAGACUGUUUUUAAUUGUAAUCGGUUUUGAUGUCAGUGAGGUACAGUAUAUUAAAUUUAUUUUAACAACAAUUUUCUGAGAUCCAUUGUUUACAUUUCACCCUAUAAAGAUCCAUCUACUGCCAUUUAUUUGUAUUAGCCAAGAGAUGAAUGAUUUCAUGAUGGUUUUUCUUAUCGUUUACUCCAAACAGAGCAGUAAAGAAGUACUAUCCAGUGUGAAGGGGACUGGAAUAGCCAUGCUGUUUUCAGCGGGGACAUUUCUUUAUGUUGCCACAGUUCAUGUCCUACCAGAACUUAUGAGUAUGAAUGCGCAUUGUGACAGUAGUUUAGACCAAAGCCGGUCUGACAAAAUGCAAAGGACUGAUCUUUUCUUGAUGGUGUUUGGAAUUGUGUCACCUCUUUUACUUUCCCAAACACAUAGCCAUCAUUAACGCCUCUGUUAUUUUUACUGGAUUUGCAUUGUUUUUUUUCUUGACCUCUGUGGCAUGGUCACACAGUAACCAUGUGAAAAUAUACAAAAAACUGAAACCCCAAGUGUGAGCAUUUUGCUUUGCAUGUACACUGCAAGUGUAUGAUUGUUCAGGGAGGGGUUUCUGGACAGGCCUUUCACAUGUGCAGUGAAGUUGUUGUAGGUUCAUAUUACUAUCCUUUAUGGAUAAUGCCUUAUGUGUAAAAUCUUCUAAAAUUCAUUCAAUACUUAUGUAUGUAUGAAGAGGGUUUGUAAAAAAUACGGAAUUCUUGAAAGCAUAUGGAAUUUUGCCUCUAAUAAUGAUUUUAAGACCCCUAAAAAGAUCAAGUUUUGAAAUACAAAAAUUCUGGAGUUUACUCUCAACUGAUAGCAAUUGCUAAUUGUUUGUUGGAGACUAUAUUAAGAGAUCUUACCUUGGCUAAAAUGUCAAGUUACUUCAUAGCUAGAAAGGUCUGAGAAUUUUCAAUUCAGAUGCAAAUGCACAACAAUUCCUACUCAGUUCAAAAUUAAGUGAUUUAUAAUAGUAACAGGACCAAGUGGAGUAAUUCCAUCUGUAAUCACACAGUACCAGUGAUUAAAAAAAUUGGAUGACUGCUAAGCGAGAGUCCAAUUUGUCAGUCACUUGUAUGAUUACAGACAGAAUUGGACAACAAGAAGUCCUGUUCCUAAUUAAUCAUAGCCAUUACAAUUUCCAAAGACAACAAAUACAUUUUGGUCAAAUAUCUCUGGUAGAGACAAUGUCUAAAGUAAAAAAAAUUUCUCCAUUUUAGAAAUUCCUCAGUUCAUUUUAGGAUGAGUGGUUGAGUGGUUGCUAUGGUUAUUGUGAUUAAUUCUGUAAUUAGUGAAUUUGGCUGAGUGGACUUUUGGCUGCCUCAAAUGUCCAAUUACAGGUGUCUGAUUACAGCCAACUGUCGAUUUACCAUUUACGCCAUCCGAUCACAGCUGUACAGAAGGAUUAGUGAAAAAUAAAGCAGCUAAUACACCAAUCACAUUUGAGGAAAUUGUAAUGGUUAGGAUUAGACUCAUAGCUUUUAAGAAUGAAGAUGAUGCUUACAACACUCUUAGAUUUUGUAAACAAAAAUGUGUACAAUUUAUGGGUUUACUAGUAGGUCUAUUAAAGUGGUAAAAAGACUUUGGUGACAUGGGAAAGAGGAGUGGAGGGUACAGUGUUGCCUACAUUGGAAGAAUGAGACAUCAUAGAAAAAAAAUAUAUAUAUAUAAAUAAUCUCAUGCUGCCUUAGGUUGGCCUCGGAAUGUAAAUGUAUGUGUGUGUACAUUAAAACACUAUGAGUUAAUUUAUAAGGGGUCAUGCAAGCUAGGGGGAAAAUGCUCUUUGCAAAAUAUUAGAGAUAAGGUACAGCUUUUUAACCCUUUAACUCCCAUCCAUGAGUGACCAAGACAGAAUUUCUCCUCACAAUAUCAAUACAAUAUCAAGCAGACAAAUGAUGAGAAUAGAGAAAAAUCAUAACUAGGGGAUUAUUAGUUGAGCUAAUACCAAAUUCUCCAAACUAACAUCAGAAGAACCAUAUGGCAGACAUUAAGGAGAAUUACUAAUGAGAUCUUGGGAGUCAAAGGAUUAAAUCAAUAAGUACAGCAAGCUUGGGAAGAUGGAUCUCAUCUGAUGAAUAAACAAAAUCAAACACACUUAUUUAUUUCUUGACUUGAGAGGUACUGUGAAAUAAUCAUAGGGAAAAGAGACAGAAGUAGUAGUUGACAGCAUG